GCAUUGGAAAGCAACGCCGUAGUCUUCAUUGCAGGCGCAGACACAUAGCAAUUAAGGCUCAUUGCGCUAUGGAGCCGUCGUCUUCGGUGCAAAGAAAUAGCAGAAGCGCCGAUGGGGCGAUGAACGUUGUUCGGUUGUGCGGUUCCGCUUGGUCCGAAUGUGGUUACUGCAAAGGCAAGCGAGCUUCGAUAGUUCAUCGAGAUCCAAAAGCCAGUAGUAAGGUAUAUUCAAUCCUCACGGCGCGACUCACUCCAGCUUGCUAUGAACGUCUUGUGUAUCGAGGUUGGAGAAGAUCGGGCUCGGCCUUGUACAAACCCGAUAACGCCGCAUCCUGCUGUCCAAACAUCACGAUUCGUCUGCCCGUCAAAGACUUUGUACCUACCAAGUCACAACGCAGAGUUACAAAACGCAUGCAAGCACUGUUGGAAGCGCCUACCAAAGCAAAGCCAACGAGUGGAUCUGACGAAAGGCAGAAACAGAUUGUCUCGAAAAGGAUACAGUACCAAAAAUUGGUAGAGGACUCGGGAAAGCUUGGCUUUUUACAAGAUUGGACCAUCAAGGCGCUGCGCGAGAUUUUGGGGAGCAAAUACUACGACGAGAUUGCUGUGGAACCUUCGUUUAAACUUCAGUUCCAGAAAAACAAAAAGGGUAACGCAGCAUCCCAGGGGGAACUCGUCGCGGUGACCAGCGUCUGUGCUCAGAUUGCUGGACGGUCCAAAAACGCUCUCGAGCCGUCGUCUUUGGCACGAAGCCUCAAAUAUGCUCUGACGGCAACUUUGACAGAGUCUCCUUUACAAAUCUCUCCUUCUGAUACAUGUGGGAUAGAAGACUCGGAUACAGUGCAUAAAAAGCCCAAAAGACAACCACAAGUGUCCAUCAAACUCAUCGAGUGUCACGAAGCGUCUGGGCAUGUGAUGGUUAUCUUUAACGUCGACGCCACGGAUUCUUCCCAGAUCUCUUUUAUGGGGGAGCCCACGGAAACGAACAUGGAAAAGCCACAGGACCAACUAGCGGCAUGGUGGAUACAGCACUGUCCCCAGCAGCCAUUGCCUGCUACUUACAAAUUUCAGAUCGAAACCUUAUCCGCCCACGAGUCGGCUUUGGAUCCUGAAGUCCACCGCCUGUACUUUCGGUAUCAGCAUGAAGUACACGGUGAUCCCCAUCCUUUAUCUGCUGAAGAAUACUCUUUCGCUGAGGGAGAUGACGUUCCCUGGGCUUCGCACGCUCCCAAGGGAUGGAAGGUGAGGGCGCUCAAAAUGCUUGAUUUUGAAUACAACGAGUUACCUCAGUCAAAAAAAGAGCAGAUUUUGAAUGCUUUUGGUAGUUUUUACAUGUUCUUGGUCGAAAAUCCUUUUUCAAGUGAACGUAUUUCGCCUCGCAAUCGUAAGCUUGGAACGUACCACCAACAUUAUCGCAUAGCAGGGUUGCUAGUCGCAGUUGGUGUUGUGGAUAUUCUACCUGAAGGACUUUCGUCCGUCUACCUUUUUUACAAUCCCUCUUUUGCUCACGACUUGGUGCCCUUGGGCAAGUACGCUAUAUUGCGGGAAAUCGACUGGAUCAGGGAGCAGGAACCAUCUCUACCAUAUUACUAUUUGGGUUAUUAUAUUGAAAGUUGUCCAAAAAUGCGGUACAAGGGUGACUAUCAUCCAUCACAGUUGCUUUGUCCCGUUCGGUACAGGUGGGUGGACGCUGAACAAGCUAAGAAAACAAUUCAAGAAGAGAGUCCUUUGCAUCACUAUUGUCAACUUUAUCUUGUGAGCAGUAACGGUGACAUCGAGAAAACCGAUGAAGAGACCACGAUUGAAAAGCGGAAUCCGUGUAACGCGGAGACUGCAUUGACCUUAGUACAAAUGGAAGUGGGAACAGGAACUCCUUUGAAAUUAAGUAUGCUUCAUGAAGGCGGACAAGACGUUGUCGGUCCGCUGUUGAAAGAGUUUAUUCUGGAAACCAGUCCUUCAAUUGCUGUAGAUUGCUUAGUAGACUUUCGCUGAGCAUACUCAUGAGCCGACUUCCCAAAUAUGAUUUGCCAAUGAACUAUGAUAUUUGCGAGUCUUUCCAAAGUUGCUGCCAAUCCUUUGCUAUAAAUUUGACCAAGUAUACAAUAGAAAAUUGUGGCCACAAAACCUUAACUGUAAACGACUCUGAUUU